CACAAGGUAAGGACACCGUUAUUUCCAAACGCAUGCGCCAUCCCCACCCACACCCCCAAACAUCUGAUCUAAUUAGAGGCAAGGACAGGGACGAGUUUUGCAUUCACUGCGCUCAACAGCCAACUCGCAGCUCUCUGGAAGCGGCGGGCAGGAAAACAUUCUCCCCCCCACCCCCGGCAAGCGCGCAUCGACGAACAAAAAUCUAUCCGGCAUCCCGCUUAACUGAAGAGGGAAGAGAGGCACAAGAGAGAGAGAGAGAGAGAGAGAGAGAGGGUGAACUACGAGGGACUUAACCUGCUCUCCUCUCGCACCGUCUUGCUCGGUGUACCUUGACCCUCGAGUUGAAGCCCGGCGCGCCAAAGACCAGGCAGCGUAGCAGGGGAGUGAAACUGACCAGCUUUGGAACGUUCGGCGGGGCUAACGUUCCAUCCGUAGAACGUCGGGAACGUUUGCUUGUGUGUCUCGGCGUUCCAUCCGCAGAACGCCGCCGGGAAACUUUGUUGUUUGUUUGUUUCAACGCUCCAUCCGCAAAAAGCGUGUUGAUAACGAAAAGCACGAAACUGACAGGGUUUGCUUUUUUUAAUUAAAGCGAAGCGGAUCUUUUUCCUGGUGUGGGGGUGUGCCAGGGGAGGAAAGGAGUGAGGAAACGAAGCCAUUUUUGGAGGGUGGGGUGGGAGAUUUUUUUUUUUUUUUAAAGAAGCUAUCCAGAGAAUUAAGAUGCCCAGAGCUUUCCUCGUGAAAAAAACUUGCGUUUCCACCGGCAAGAGGAACUGGAGCGAACUUCCCGAUGAAGAAAGAGGAGAGAUUUACGUGCCAGUCUCCCUGGGUGGCUAUGCCCUGUGGAAAGAUCUGGAGCCCUCGGUUGCUGAGCCCCCGUCGUACCCGAUGCCCCUGGACAUGACGAUCCGAAACACCAGCUGCACUGCCGCCCAGCCCCAUUGCACAGCCCAGGUCCCGAGUGAGAUACCACAGGAUGAGGAGUCCAGGUUCCUGCACCCCAAGAUCAAGGUGACCCAGGGUGAAGGCCCCGGGGACCUGUUCGCCUGCCCCUACUGCCAGAAAGGGUUCUCCUACCAGCGCAUGUUGAACCGCCACUUGAAAUGCCACAGCCAGGUGAAGCGCCACCUCUGCCCGUACUGCAACAAAGGCUUCAACGACACCUUUGACCUCAAACGCCAUGUCCGGACGCACACAGGUGUUCGCCCCUACAAGUGUGACCUCUGCGACAAGGCCUUCACCCAGCGCUGCUCGCUGGAGUCGCACCUGAAGAAGAUCCACGGGGUGCAGCAGAGCUACGCCUACAAGGAGCGCCGCGCCAAGCUCUACGUCUGCGAGGACUGCGGCUCCACGGCCGACAGCCAGGAGAGCCACCUGCGUCACCUCCAGGAGAGCCAUCCCAACAGCCCACUGCUGCGCAAGGCCUCGCGCAAGACGGCCAGUGCCCUCCAUGCCGUCGCAACCCCCACUCUGCUGCAGGGCGGCCCUUGCCUUUGAAAUGCAUGCAUGCGUAUUUUGGGGGGGGGCGUGUCUGUCCGUGCCCACACUCUGCUGGCACCCCUGUCCCCCCCCCCGCUGCAGCAAACACAAUCCUCUGCUAACUCAGGGAUUCUCAGACUUUUAUGCUGGCGUCUCUCCAAGCAGGGGACAGGAUUGGCGUAUUUAUUUUGAACUUCUGCAGUGAGAGACUAAGAGAAAAGGCGAACACUUUGGAUCUGGCUGCUUAUGCGUUUGGCUCUGGGGUGACAGAGUUGGUGUAGAAAGCCAAACUGGAGGAGUGUGACCUCUAAAGGCUUAUUUGGGUCUGGGAGAGGAGAAGGAGCCAGUCUUGUUUCAGCGCCUGCCUUGCAUUAGUUCAAGGAUCAGCCGUCUGCCGCCCCAAUUAUUUUGAGAGAGAGGAUGGGGAAGGUGGGAUCAGUCUCAAGCCAAGGAAAGCGGGCUGUUCUUAAGUGUGAUGUGAAGAGUGCCUUAAAGAAAAAAAAUAUGUAUACGGGGUUGGGGAACCUUUGGCCAUCUAGAUGUUCAUGGACUCCCAACUCUCAUCAGCAUGGCCAGCAUGGCCAAUGGUCAGGGAGGAUGGGAGGUGGAGUCCAGCAAUACAUGGAGGGCUACAAGUUCCCCAUCCCUGUGGCCUGACGGGUUUGUUAAAAAGCAGAAACACGCCCUUCAUAAUGCGGUAUGUAAUGCGGGAAGGGGCUGUUUUGUUUGCACAUUGAUCAUAGAAUCAUAGAGUUGGAAGGGAUCUUAGAGGUCAUCUAGUCCAACCCCCCUGCCGAUGCAGGAAAUCUGCUGUUACAGCAUCCCUGAUAAGAGGCCAUCCAGCCUCUAUUCCUACUAGAGACAUGUAGGCAUUGAAUUAAGAUGAUCAGGUGGCUGCACAUUUUCCUGAUUCUGUGAACCAGAUGAAGCCUCUAAGACAGGAAUUCCCAUAUCAUGUAUCAUGGGAAAUAUGUUCUUAUGUUCUAAAUAAAUAUUUAAUUCAGAGCUCCCUGGAGUACCUGCUUACAGACGAGGCUGCCUCUGUAUGUGUCCCUUUUCAGGCCUUCUAACCAGCCUCUGCUUGGAGCUACUAAUCCUGUAGUUCAUUGGUGCCUUGGCUGUUAUUGGAUCAUGCAGUUGCUUCCUUCGGAAAGUCGCAGUGGAGUUAACCGCUUUGUUGCAUCUCUGUUAAGUUGCUGUUGGGGCCGGCCCUAUCAUUAGGCAACAGAGUGAGGCAGCCGUCUCAAGGAGCUGAUUUGGGGCAUCAUGAAACGGCAGCAAAUUGUGAAAGUUAUUUAACUUAAUAAUGAAAUUGUAUUUUUUAUUGCCAUGGAGAAGGAGAGAGGGAUCUUCUGCUUCAGGUGCCAAAAUAGCUGGAUCAGCCUGGUGCGCUGUGGCUGCGCACAUGCGGUGAUACAGUGGGAACCAGUGUCAGCAUUUUAAUUGGGACCUGGGCAUAAAGCUUAUGAGGGUGUGAACCUUGUUUACAUAUUGGCCUUUCUCAGACCUCUGGGGAAUGAGCCAGGCCUGUGCAUUUUUAAUAUUAAUGUAUUCUUAUUCACAAUCAAUUAUUCUUCCUCCUGUGGAUUAAAAUAAAGGAACGGAAUAUUU